UCUGGGAAAGCAUUAUUUGUGAGUAUGAUUGGGACAGAUUCACAUGGAUUUUUAAAGUUUCUUUGAACUUUGAAGAAAAUAAAAUUUUUUGUUUUUCAUUUUUAGAUGCCCCGUGCCAAGUCCCACCGGCGUGCCCAGGCCCUGAAGCGGAGGAUGGCGCAGCCGCAGCCGUGGACCCCCCAGCCGCCUGUCCCCGAGUUCGUUGCUCGGCGCGGUACCGGUUACCGCCAUCGUGUGCGGAGAUGGCCGACUUCGGAGCUGACCCAGCGGAGCUUCAAGUUGGUCACUCCAGCUCAGCAGCCGGACCAGAAGAUGGUGUUCGUCGUGGGAGCCUCCCACCUGCGGCCCAUGGUGGAUGGGAUCGUCGCGAUGCCAGAGGGACCUGUCUCCUUUGCUUUUCUCUCUGUUCCAGGUGCGCAUGCAGCAGAGCUGAGGACGGAGGUGUCGCACGCCGCUCUCCCCUGGACCCCGGACGUGGUCUGCGUGAUGGCCCCCAGCAACAACCUCACGGCCAGCAGGAACAUCGGAGAGGCGUCGCUGGACUUCGGUGCUCUCCUGGCUACAGUCUGCAGCCGCUGGGCGAAGGUGUUCGUGCUGGACUUCCCUCCACGCCUGAACAUCGAGCCUGGCCUGCAGGAGCUGUUUCGCCAGGAGUUCCGCCGUGUUGCAGCACGCAUGGGUCUCCCGUACGUGUCUGUGGCAGAGCACCUCCCUCUGGAUCGGUUGGAGCUGUGGAGCCGUGACAGUGUGCACCUCAGCGACAGCGAUGGAACGCCAAUCCUGGUCCAGGCCCUGUGGGACGCCGCGGUCCGCCAGCUGGCUCCUCCUCCUCCUCCUCCUCCUCCUCCUCCUUCGGUGCCCCCCCGGACAUCGCCUCGUGCCAGGGUCUCCCCCGUGCUGGUCGUGACGGGACACAGCCCCGCGCCCCGUCACCGCGACCCACUGGAGUGGACCGUAGUCGGACAGGAGGGCAAGGUUCGAGCAUCUCCGGUGCAAGAGUCUGUCCUCCCGUCCAACCCCGUGUGGUUCAGCGGCGACAUGUUGGAGGCCAUGGAGACGGUUUGUCCUUCUUCAGACGAUGACGACACUGCCAUUCCACCAGCUGGCCAGACUUCCCGUGUGAGGCGUUCGCCAAGAGGUGUUGCCACAAGGCGCAGAGGAGGAAAGCGGCAGGUGCCGGCAACAUCUUCACCUGCCCGUGUCACCGUGUCCGCCUCCAGGCCCAGACCAGCGGUGCAGCAGGUGGAGGCAACAGCCCAGGAGUCGCUCAGCGUGGUGCCAGGGGUGGUCGUCUGUCGAGAGGAGGUCGCCACAGCGUGCACGGCCGUCCCGGAGGUGCCGGCAACACCUUCACCUGCCCGUGGGACCGUGUCUGCCUCUGGGCCCAGACCAGCGGUGCAGCAGAUGGAGGUGACAACCCAGGAGUCUGCCAGCACGGUGCCGGCGGUGGUAGUCACUCAGGACGUCGCCGCAGCAUGCCCUGCCGUCCUGGAGGCACAACAGAAGAUCAGCAAAGCUAAGGCUGCUUUUGUUCCAUAUGUUUGUGUUAGUGAUGUUCAGUUUGAGUCUAACGCUAAUGCUGUGGCAACAGAGGCUAGCAGAGGUAACAGCAGGAUUAGGCUAGCAAAAGUAGUGCGCGGAUCGUUUCAUCAGGGUGAUGCACAAUUUGUGUAUGGAGGAGUCCAGUGUAUGGCUAUAGCUUUGGUCAGCUUAGCCAAACACACAGUGAGCAGCGCGUUCUCGUGGGACAGGCUGGAUCUGGAUCGCGCGUUGGUUGAAGGUGAUGAGUUGUACACGAGUUUGCGUGACCUCAACAUCUUCAGCCAUGUGUCUAAUCUGCUGUCUGUGCCAGAUUUGCCACAACAGCUGGAAUUAGAUGGACAAGUGUUUAGGUUCAGUUUUGGUGACACAGUGUUAGGCGAAGUAGGCGUGACCGAAGGUGAAUACAUCGAUUUCGGUGUGUUCAUCAGCUUGCGGAACGGACUGGAGAGGAUCUUCAGUCAGUACAGCACAUGUCUUUUGACAAUGUGUGGAAACACCACUGCCAUCGUGCGCGAGGGUGGACGGUUCGCUGUGGUCGACAGUCACUCACGCAGUAACACUGGCUUGUUACACCACAAUGGUACAAGCGUGGUUCUGCAUUUCGCGUGUCUUGACGACCUGCACCACUACAUCUGUUGUUUGGCUGACAGUCUCAGUUCAAGGGAGAAGCUCUUUGAGCUGUGUGGUGUGACGGUCAGCACGGGUGCAAGUCCAGCGCGGUCUGGUGUGUCUGUGGAGAGUCUCAUCACUGGAGUACAUUGA